AGUGUAGUUGCGGCGGCCAUCUUGGCGGGCGAGUCAAACACAGUGACCUCCUUCAACCUUAUUAUUCUCUAUUAUCAUUUCUGCUGCGUCCUAUAUUGAGGUCAGCAGGAGAUGAUGGAAGAUGUUUAUAUGGAGAUAGAAAAUUCGACUCCAAGAACUACAUUGCAACAACUGUUGGAAGUUCAUGAUCCAGAGGAAACUCCAGAUGUGCUCAAGAAUCAACCACUUCGCACACCCUCAUCUGCCAAAAAACGAAAACGUGAAGCAAGAAAGAGCAGUGCUGCCAAACAAAUUAAAGGUAAAGAUGUUACAAAUCUUCAAACUAACGUUCUCAGUCAGUCACGACAAUCUAUUAGUACUUCAGUUCUUGGUGAAUCUCUCAAUGCCAGCAGCAUCAGAGGUGUAGACCAGACUUAUGCAAAUUUAAAUAUCCUUGAGAGUAGCGAAUCGUCCAUCAAUGAGGACCUUGAUCUUGAGAGGGCAGCUAGGUUUCACAAGAGACGGCAGCAUCCUUUGAAGAACCUCAGUCAACCAAGGGUAUCUGUUGCUAAGUUGAAGAAACCUAAAACUUCCAAGCCAAUAACUCGUCAAGAUUUAGAGAAGUCUCCCGGGGAUCAUGGUUCAGUAUUAAACACAGCUGAAAAUAAGGUUAAUAUUGAAAAUAGGACAUAUGCUGGUGUUAACACCAGUAUGAUGGAAUCGUCAUCAGACAGCAUUGAUUAUGAGGCAGUAAAAAAAAUGCGCAGUCGGACCAGGAGAGAAGUCACAGUGUCUCACCAGGGAUUAAAAACUACAUCCGUCUCUCACAGUUUGCCACCAAGUAAAGCUCCAGAUGAUGUAAAUUUGGAAAAUGACAUUACAUAUGCUGGUAUCAGCAGUAAUAUAAUGGAAUCGUCGGUUGAUAGCAUAGAUUAUGGAAUAGCCAAGAAUGUGCGGUACAGGAAAAAGAAGCAGGACAUAGUUCUUGAUGAAUUUGGUCCAGUGCCUUCUGGUCAAAACUUGCCACUGGGUAGUGACCUUACAUACACUGAAUCUGUUACAAGUGUAUACAGCCCUGAAGACAUACAGAGUGGUACAAACAGGGACACUGUCAAGGAGUUGAGAUCUCUCAAAACUAAUAAAACUGCUUCUCCACAGAAAUUGGAUUUGUCUCUAGAUUCUCGGAGCACUACUUUCUCAGAAGGUUCUGUCUCUAAAUUAGAUCAAAUUUAUGAGGUUAGUAAUGAGGGAGAUGAAAGUCUUGAAAAUGUUAGAAAGACAACUAGACAGAGAUUUGCUCGAAAGGCCCCAGAUUUGAAACUAAAUGUGACUGCACUGGUUGAGAAGUUCAAAUUAAACCAGAGGUCAGCCUUAAAUGCUGAAGAAGCCCCAGAACAGAUUGAAGCAGAUUUGAAAGCACCAUCUUCUCCAACUGAAAAUGAAUUCUUAGAUGAGGAAAAAUCAGAUUGGCAAGCCUCCCAGGAAAUUUCUUUACCCAAGAAUGAGGUGACUAGUAAAUUCCUGCCUUCAGAGGUGGAAGCAAGCACAAUUCCUCAAGUAGAAGGUGUGAAGAGCAGUAGUCAUGGCAGGACAUCUAAUGAUAACACAACAGGACUUCAGUCGAAAGAAGUUGUACUUCCCCCUGUUGGUUUUAGAGAUGAACGCAAUAAAUUUCAUAAGACAUCACUGGGAGAUUUUUCGAGUGAUAGCGAGGAUGAUGAACUUGUGAGUAACAUAAAUGCCACCCUCAUUGCCCUUGCUAAUGAAAAUGAAGAGAUCAGUGUAGGUAAUAAUCAGUAUAAAUUACAGUUGUCUCCUCUGAAUAGUCCUUUGGUCAACCAUGGUGUAUCUGCCCCAUCUUCUCCAACACAUGGGCAAGAUAGCCCCAGGAACAGGGCUAGAGAUAGGUCCACUUUUAAAGGUAGCCCCAGGAAAUCACAGCAAAAGAGUGCCACACCAUCGCCACUGGAAAGCCCUCAAAAAAGUGUUGAAGCAAAUGUUGCCGUGUCUCAAAGGAAAAGCCCUCGAAAAAGUGUUGGAGAUUCAUCAGCAUUACUUUCAAAGAGUCCAAAGCUAAGUGUAAGAGAUGAUGGCUUGUCAGCUGCAAGACAAAGUCCAAGAAAAGGUUUGGUAAGACGUGUGUUGUCACCUGCAAGGGAAAGUCCAAGGAAAAGUAUUAGAAGAUCUGCAGUGUCACCUGCAAAGGAAAGUCCAAGGAAAAGUAUUAGAAGAGCUACAAUGUCACCUGCAAAGGAAAGUCCAAGGAAAAGUAUUAGAAGAUCUAUAGUGUCACCUGCAAAGGAAAGUCCAAGGAAAAGUGUUGGAAGAGGGGCAGUAUCACCUGCAAAGGAAAGUCCAAGGAAAAGUAUUAGAAGAGCUACAAUGUCACCUGCAAAGGAAAGUCCAAGGAAAAGUAUUAGAAUAGCUACAAUGUCAUCCUUAAAGGAAAGUUCAAGAAAAAGUGUUGGAGGGGGUGCCGUAUCACCUUCAAAGGAAAGUCCACGGAAAAGUAUUGGAAGAGCAUCAAUAGAAAUUCCGAGAAAAAGUGUUGGAAGUGGAACAAUGUCACCUAAGGAAAGUCCUAGAGAAAGUGUUGAAAGAAUUGCACAGUCACCUACAGAGGACAGGACUAGAAGUGUUCAUAGGUCUAGCAUAUCGCCUUCGAAGGACAUUCCUCAAAGUGUUCAAAGAACUGCAUCAUUAUCACCUACAAGUGACAGUCCCAGGAGUGCUCUAAAUUCACCAAAAAAUGUUUCAUCUUCAUAUAGCCCAAGCGAUCUUGAGGAGAGAGAUAUUACCAGAUCAGUUAGGAAUUCGUUACCUUUUAUCCCUGAGAAGAAAUCCAGUAUGAAAAAUAUUGUAUUGACACAAGAACAGUUUGAAGUGCAUCCAGAAGAAGCUUUCAAAUUAAAACACAGAAUAUCAGGAAAUUUGGAUGGCAGUGCAAAUGCAUUGUUAGAUAAGGAUGAUAUGAGGUCUUCCAUAAUACCCAAGGAUAAGGCAAUAGUUAUGCAGGAACAAUUAGUGCUUAGAGAUGAAGAUAUUCCUACAGAUAUUAUGAUGACCAAAGUCAGGGAAAAUGUUGCUACAUAUUCUUCAAAUGUAACUGCUAAAAGUAAUGAGCAUGUUCCUGUACGUGAGGAACUUCUAGUUGAGGAUAAUUCACAUGCUCGUGAAGUUUCAGCCAAUAAAGGGAAAGACAAUACCGGAAUGCAGAGGAAUAUAUCAAGUAAACAUAUUGUACAGUAUGACGAUAGCUCGAGUGAGGGUGAGGUUAUCUAUCGUUUCACCCAAGAUAAUGCGCGUAUUAAGGAAAAGGAAUCUCUUCCUGAAGAUAUUUCCACUUCAGAAGAUUCUGGAAGUGAUGACUUAAACUUGCUUCCAGUGACAGAGAGGAAAAUUGUUCGUCUGCAGCAAGGUAGCCCAGUAGAUGCUGAUAAAAAAAGGUCUGAAGCUGAAGUAACAGCCUACCAUUUGAAUGUUGAAGAGCAGGUUGAGGAUGAGGGUUCAGACAGCAAUUCAAGCAACCAAGAGCUGGGUGCAGGUACAUCACAGCAACACAGGAAUAAUUCUAGAUCUGGAAUCCAAUCUAAAAGCUUAGUAUCAUCCAAAGGAAGGCAGAUGACCAUGAAAGAAUUUAUACAGAAUCUGGCAGUUAAGCCAAUGCCACCACCAGCAGUAGCAGAUAUGGAAAAAGAGAGAUCCACACUGGCUGGCCUCCUUAAAUUUAACACUUCUAGGGUGCAGAAACUGCCCCAGCAAACUGCGGCUGCCAAGAAGAUCAGAAAGAAGAGCAAGCAGUCAUUGCCUGCAUCAUUGCCCAAGAGUGUCACAAAAGAAAUUUUUUCUCAUUUUGCAAAGUGCAAAGUAACUGAAGGUGCCAUGAAAGCUAUAAUGAAAACCAGUGAAGAGUACUGGAAAAAUUUGUCCACCGAUCUCUCAAAUAUAGUGAAUGCCAGAAAGGGAGGAGAUGAAAUUCUUGGCCGUGAUGUGAGGAAGCUUAUGACCAGACAGGGCCUCAUCACCACAGAAGAGUCUCUGUUUGCUCUGGCAGAGAAAUAUUUGCCAGCAGAAGAAUGGAACACUAUCAUUCCUACAGAGUAUGCAAAGGGUAAUGUGCAUCCUCCUGAGAAGGUUAUUCAAGAUAUGUUUAUGUGAGCUCCUGUACUUCUUAAUUUACACCAAAAUAUAUUGAACAUGUAAAAUAAAGAUCCCAUUUACGUUUAAGAGUUCACAGAUUAUAUUUGUACAACAUAGUUUUUAAGUUUUGUACCAGACUGAAAAAUAGGAAUAGCCUUUCUAACCUCUGAAAAUAUAAUUCUUCUCUCUGUUAUAAUACAUAUAUUGUAGAUGAAUGGUUCAGAGAACCAACACGUUGAAAAAUUAGACACGUGCAACUCUUCAUCAGUCCAUGAAGACACUGUGUGGCAAAAAGUUUCCUCAAUAAAGAUACCCAAGAGUUGCACAUGAUUGUUUAACAAGGUUGGGUUUAUUUUCUGUGAAUAUGAUCAUAAUACCAGGAUAUAAAGUUUGGUACUUUUAUUAUUGUAUUAUAAAACCUAUUUUGUUACUAAGGAUUUUUUUUAUUAUAUUACCACUUCAAAAAUUGUUUUCCCCA